GAAAAUUUAAUUUGUAAUUUGUAAUGUAUUAAUAAUCAAUGAAAAGGAGUAUUAAAGAGUUCGCUGCCAGUAUAGAUCCUCAAAUAAGUUCUAAGGCACUUUGGGAUAAAAUAAAUAGGAUAGCAGGAAACAACAAAAAGCAAAAGACCAACAACCCUAUACAGGAAGAUGUUGACAUGGCAGAAAAGUUCAUGGACUUACAUUUCGGCAACAACGAUAUUGAUUUUGAUAUCCCAUUGUCGUAUGGAAGAACGUGUGAAUAUAAUAUCCUUAAUGCAGAGCUGUGGAAUAGUAUUCUAUGCCGAAAGAAAAACAGGUCAGCCCCAUCUAAUGACCAAAUAACAUAUGCAGGCAACCUGUCGUAUCAACUGAAAGAAAUAAAGGUUAUCGCUAUACCGAAACAUGGAAAGGAUCAGUCAAGUAUCGAAGUUUGCCGCAUUAAAAAGAUGAGCACCUUUAAUGGUUUUAUCGAUUCGAUCGGGGAUAUUUCGAUCGACCGUUUCGACUUGGAAAAUCGCGCCAAAUCACAGGUUUUCUUCCUGUCGCAUUGUCAUUGGGAUCACAUGUUUGGUCUUCAAUUGCCAGAUGCGCUUCCUGGUCCACUUUGGACCAGUGCUGUAUCGGCAGUUUUUCUUAAACACCGUUUCCCUGUACUGGUUGAUUGUAUCCGUGUGCUGGAAAUUGGAGAAUCUACCGAGAUUGAAAUCGAUCAUGGUCAGCGUAAAAUCAAGUUCCUAGUGAUAGCGCUACCCACCGGGCACUGUCCGGGAGCAGUAAUGUUUCUCUUCACCACAGAAGGUAACAAAACUAUUUUAUACACUGGCGACUUUAGAAUUUCCUAUAAGGACUUGAGAAACAUGAUUCCGCUCAGAAACCUUACAUUGGAAACAGUUUAUCUAGACAGUACAUUUUUAAGCGAACACUAUCAGUACUUCCCUUCUCAAAAAGAAAGCUUAAAUGCAAUCUUAGAACUGGUAGAAGAGUGGCUUGCAAAGGACAGUCGGAAUGUGAUAUCUUUUAAACUGCCAGCAUUAUACGGUUGCGAAUACUUAUUCUUAGAAAUAGCUCGAAAAUUAAAGGAGAAAAUACACGUCAAAUUUUCCGAGCUUCAACAGUACCGAUUCUUGGCAAGUUUGGAUGACACCGUUACAGCAGACGAAAAGCAAACGAGGAUUCAUGCUUGUCUGGGAACGAAAUUUGGAUUUAAACUUCCUUGCCUAGGAGAAGUUGAAGAAAAGUUUAUUCGUCUGAUAAGACCAUCAGCGUUACGGUGGCGUAAUUUGAAAAUAGCUGAUCCUUUUUGGAGAAAAAUGAGCAAGAAACGCGAGGACUACUCCGUUUGCUACUCCAAUCAUGCGAGUUUUGAUGAAUUAAUUGAUUUCUUGCAUUAUUUAAAGCCAAAAAAAGUGCACUUCAACGUUGUUCCACAAAAUGAUUCAGACGGCAGAAACAUGAAAUUAUUAUUGAAUCCUAGAUGUCCGUAUUUAGAAGACGACGAAAAUACCUCUAAACUUGAGCAGUCUCCUCUGAAGUUUGACGGUAUUGUGUACAGUGAAGCUGCAACUAAUAAUAGAGUUAAUAGCGAUGAUUCAUGUGACGAAGAAGGUUUAAAAGAUCCACUACCAAAGCGUGUUCGAAAUUGAUACCUAGAAUAUUAAGGAGCUAUUUUCCGAAAACUGUGUAUUUAUUUUGAUGACUGUCAUAUUUUUCUAUUGUAACGUGAAUUGUAGAGUGAACUCGUUUGAAU